CCCACAAAAUCUGCUCACCAGGCCCUCCAAUUCCAAUUCACGUUCGCCAUUGACGCCCACCCGCCUUUGCUCCCUUCUUCCCUUUUUCGCAUCCCUUCUCUUCAUUCAUUCGCUCAUUGCAUUCAUUUUUUUCUUCUUUAGACGGGAGCAAUAAAUUAACCGGCAACAGGGUCUACGAUCUCGUGUUAUCUAUUUCCAAUGUAUGUGAGGAAACUAAAUUAUAAACACCAAAGAUGGUAUUCGAUGGUUCAGCAUGGCAAAUCCUUUUGCCUUCCCAACCGCCGUAAUUAUUCUGUUGAACAAUGUAUAAGAGCGGUGCCAAAAGCUAGUAGUUUGUUUAAGCGAUACCUGUCGAAUUCUUCAUUUUUAUUAGGUUUAGCUUCUGGGAGAACAUGCACGAGAUUACAAUGGAGGUCGGAUAUUAAAUGGAGAACUUGUUUGCCGAGAUUAUAUAGUUCAGAAGGCGAUGGGAGGAAUGCAAGUGAGGAUAAGCGGACACCGAAUAAAGAUGUGGCUGAUAUUGAUAAGAAAAAGACUCACAUGCAAAGUACAAUUAACAGUGUGAGGCAUCGCGAUGCGCAUACGCAACUUGGGAAGCAAGACCAAAUUGAGUGGCUUAGGAAUGAAAAGCUUGCGAUAGAGAACAAGAAGAAGGAGUCUCCCUUUCUACCAAGACGAGAAAGAUUUAAAAAUGAAUUUUUGCGGAGGGUUGUUCCGUGGGAGAAGAUCACUGUCUCCUGGGAUACAUUUCCUUAUUAUCUACAUGAACACACAAAAAACCUUUUGGUUGAAUGUGCGGCCUCACAUUUGAAACAUAAGAAAUUUACAGUAGACUACGGAGGUCGCCUGACUUCUUCGAGUGGGAGAAUCCUUCUUCAAAGCAUUCCAGGUACGGAGCUAUACCGUGAAAGGUUGGUCAGGGCUCUUGCUCGGGAUUUAAAAGUUCCACUUCUGGUGCUAGAUGACAGCGUUUUAGCUCCAUAUGAUCUUAAUGAUGAUGAACAUGAUUCAGAUGAGGACACUGUUGAGUCUUCGUCCGAAUCAGAAAUUGAUGAUGAAAAUGAUGCUGCAAGUAACGAGGAAGAUUAUACCAGUAAUGGUGAGGCAAGAACAGAUGGUAGUGACGAUGAAACUGAUAUCCGUAUCUCAUCUAAAGAUUUGAGAAAGCUUCUCCCCCACGACAUUGAAGAUUUUGAGAAGAGUGUUUCUGGAGAAUCUGAAAGCUCCUCAACAUCCUCAAAGACAGAGUCUACUCAAUCUGAUAAGGCUCACCGCCCACUGAAGAAAGGGGAUCGAGUGAGGUACAUAGGACCGGUUGAUUCUGAUGAAGAACAUAAUAGGAUUAUAUUGGGGAAGAUACCAACAUCUGAUGGUUCUACAAAUGCUUAUACUAUUAUUCGUGGCAGGGGAUUGUCUAAUGGUCAUCGGGGAGAGGUAUAUGAAGUUAAUGGAGAACAAGUUGCUGUUAUUUUUGAGAAUGUCGGAAAUACAAAGGAGAAGUCAAAGGAUGAGAAAGGCUUGGAAACUGGGAAAACAUCAGUGCGUUGGAUUCAUGUGAAAUAUGUCGAGCAUGAUCGUGAUGCCCAAUUGCAUGACUGCUAUGUUGCAAUGGAAGUUCUUUCUGAGGUGUUGGACUCUCAACAACCACUUAUCGUCUAUUUCCCAGAUUUUUCCUCGUGGUUGUCUAGGGCAGUUUCCAAAUCAAAUAUGAAAGAGUUUGUUAGCAAGGUGGAAGAGAUGUUUGACCAGCUAUCAGGACCUGUAGUUUUGAUUUGUGGACAAAACAUUGUGGAGAGUGGGCAGAAAGAGAAAGAGAAAUUUACAAUGAUACUUCCAAAUUUGGGCCGUAUUGCUAAGAUGCCUCUUCCUUUGAAGAGACUUACAGAGGGAUUGAAACCCACUAAACGGUCUGAAGCUGAGGAAAUACAUAAACUGUUCACUAAUGUGAUGAGUUUACACCCCCCGAAGGAGGAAGAUCACUUGAGGAUAUUCAAUAAGCAGAUCGAAGAAGACAGGAGAAUAGUGAUAUCUCGAAGCAAUUUGAUUGAAAUUCAUAAGGUUCUUGAGGAACACGGCUUAUCCUGCAUUGACAUGCUGCACAUAAACACAGACAAUGUGGUUUUGACAAAAGAGAAAGCCGAGAAGGUUGUUGGCUGGGCAAAAAGUCACUACCUAUCCACUUGUCUUGUUCCUUCUGUUAAGGGUGACCGAUUGCAGCUUCCUCGGGAGAGCCUUGAAGUUGCAAUAUUGAGAUUAAAGGAGAAGGAAAUGGCCUCCAAGAAGCCUUCACAGAGUUUGAAGAAUCUUGCUAAGGAUGAGUACGAGUCCAACUUUGUUUCAGCAGUAGUUCCUCCGGGUGAGAUUGGUGUCAAAUUUGAUGACGUUGGUGCCCUUGAAGACGUAAAGAAGGCAUUAAAUGAAUUGGUGAUUCUCCCAAUGCGGAGGCCGGAGCUUUUCUCUCAUGGAAAUUUGUUGCGUCCCUGCAAAGGAAUAUUGCUUUUUGGUCCUCCCGGAACCGGAAAAACUCUUCUUGCAAAGGCUCUCGCAACUGAAGCUGGGGCGAAUUUCAUCAGCAUUACGGGAUCCACUAUUACAUCCAAGUGGUUUGGUGAUGCUGAAAAACUCACCAGCGCUCUGUUCUCGUUCGCUAGCAAGUUGGCUCCUGUAAUCAUUUUUGUCGACGAGGUCGACAGUUUGCUUGGUGCUCGUGGCGGUUCUUCCGAGCACGAGGCAACUAGAAGAAUGCGGAAUGAGUUUAUGGCGGCAUGGGAUGGAUUAAGGUCGAAAGAGGGCCAGAGGAUCCUCAUUCUUGGUGCCACUAAUCGUCCAUUUGACCUCGAUGAUGCUGUCAUUCGACGCUUACCAAGAAGGAUCUACGUAGACCUGCCGGAUGCCGGAAACCGUCUGAAAAUACUCAAGAUCAUUCUCUCCCGAGAAAAUCUUGAAACGAAUUUUCCCUUUGAGCAACUUGCAAACGCCACCGAAGGUUACUCCGGAAGCGAUCUAAAGAAUCUUUGCAUCGCCGCAGCAUACAGACCCGUUCAAGAAUUACUCGAAGAUGAAAACAAGCGCGACAGCCAUGAUGAUUCUCCGCUUCUACGGCCCCUCAAGCUCGACGACUUCAUUCAAUCGAAAACCAAGGUCGGACCGUCGGUGGCAUACGACGCAGCGAGCAUGAACGAGUUGAGAAAAUGGAAUGAACAAUACGGCGAAGGAGGAAGCCGGCGAAAAUCGCCGUUCGGGUUUUGAGAUUCCGGUAGGCAUUUUAUUUUAUUUUAUUUAAAUUUAUCUUUGAUUACAUAAUCAGCUGUAGAAUUGAAUGAAUGAGUUGAUGGUUAAAUGAAUGUUUGGAUUUCUAAUACGAAAAUUAGAACACAGCUUUAGCAAAAAUUUAUGUGACAUUUCCUUAAUAUAAUAUUUAUUUACUUUCCCAGCAGAUUUUUGUGCUAAAACAUA